AUGGGGCGGCGGGCCCGGCAGCCCCGCCCCGGUGGUGUCCGCGCGGCCCGCGCCCGCCAGGCCCAGCGUUAGCCCGCGGUCAGGCAGCCGGGAGGAGCGGCGCGCGCUCGGACCUCUCCCGCCCUGCUUGUUCGCUCUCCUGCUUGGGAUGGCCGGCUACCUGCGGGUCGUGCGCUCGCUCUGCAGAGCCUCAGGCUCGCGGCCGGCCUGGGCGCCGGCGGCCCUGACAGCCCCCACCUCGCAAGAGCAGCCGCGGCGCCACUAUGCCGACAGAAGGAUCAAGGUGGCGAAGCCCGUGGUGGAGAUGGAUGGUGAUGAGAUGACCCGUAUCAUCUGGCAGUUCAUCAAGGAGAAGCUCAUCCUGCCCCACGUGGACAUCCAGCUAAAGUAUUUUGACCUCGGGCUCCCAAACCGUGACCAGACCGAUGACCAGGUCACCACUGAUUCUGCACUGGCCACCCAGAAGUACAGUGUGGCUGUCAAGUGUGCCACCAUCACCCCUGAUGAGGCCCGUGUGGAAGAGUUCAAGCUGAAGAAGAUGUGGAAAAGUCCCAAUGGAACUAUCCGGAACAUCCUGGGGGGGACUGUCUUCCGGGAGCCCAUCAUCUGCAAAAACAUCCCACGCCUAGUCCCUGGCUGGACCAAGCCCAUCACCAUAGGCAGGCACGCCCAUGGCGACCAGUACAAGGCCACAGACUUUGUGGCAGACCGGGCCGGCACGUUCAAAAUGGUCUUCACCCCAAAAGACGGCAGCGGUGUGAAGGAGUGGGAAGUGUACAACUUCCCCGCAGGCGGCGUGGGCGUGGGCAUGUACAACACCGACGAGUCCAUCUCGGGUUUUGCGCACAGCUGCUUCCAGUAUGCCAUCCAGAAGAAAUGGCCGCUGUACAUGAGCACCAAGAACACCAUACUGAAAGCCUACGAUGGGCGUUUCAAGGACAUCUUCCAGGAGAUCUUUGACAAGCACUAUAAGACCGACUUCGACAAGAAUAAGAUCUGGUAUGAGCACCGGCUCAUUGACGACAUGGUGGCUCAGGUCCUGAAGUCUUCGGGCGGCUUUGUGUGGGCCUGCAAGAACUAUGACGGAGAUGUGCAGUCAGACAUCCUGGCCCAGGGCUUUGGCUCCCUUGGCCUGAUGACGUCCGUCCUGGUCUGCCCUGAUGGGAAGACAAUUGAGGCUGAGGCCGCUCAUGGGACCGUCACCCGCCACUAUCGGGAGCACCAGAAGGGCCGGCCCACCAGCACCAACCCCAUCGCCAGCAUCUUUGCCUGGACACGCGGCCUGGAGCACCGGGGGAAGCUGGAUGGAAACCAAGACCUCAUCAGGUUUGCCCAGACGCUGGAGAAAGUGUGCGUGGAAACGGUGGAGAGUGGAGCCAUGACCAAGGACCUGGCGGGCUGCAUUCACGGCCUCAGCAAUGUGAAGCUGAACGAGCACUUCCUGAACACCACGGACUUCCUCGACACCAUCAAGAGCAACCUGGACAGAGCCCUGGGCAGGCAGUAGGGGGAGGCGCCACCCAUGGCUGCAGUGGAUGGGCCAGGGCCGAGCCGGCGGGUCCUCCUGAGCGCGGCAGAGGGUGAGCCUCACAGCCCCUCUCUGGAGGCCUUUCUAGGGGAUGUUUUUUUAUAAGCGAGAUGUUUUUAGAAGCAUAUGUGUGUUUCCCCUCAUGGUGACGUGAGGCAGGAGCAGUGUGUUUUACCUCAGCCAGUCAGUAUGUUUUGCAUACUGUAAUUUAUAUUGCCCUUGGAACACAUGGUGCCAUAUUUAGCUACUAAAAAGCUCUUCACAAAA